UUAUAAGCAGUCUAUUGGCGUUAUGCAUCUUCCUUUCCCUUUUUUCUUUCGAUCUCUUACUUCGAUUUACAACUUUCUUUUGUUCCUUUCAAUUGAUCGAUCAUUUCAUUACCGCGUUUUCAGGAUUUCAGACGCACACUCGCGUACACGUGUAUUCGAGCAGUGCCUGUAGAUAGAAACAAAUUUAAUUCGUACCUCUACAACGAUUCGCCACUGAAAUAUUUUCACGCGUUAGUUCGCUACCAUUCGUACAUGUACAAAAUCUUUAAAUCUUUUUCUCCGAUGGAACAGAUCGAACACACGUCUGAAUUAUCAUCGAAAUAUGCUAGUUCGUUGACUAACGAGAAUUGGGUCGACAUUCGAUUCGAACAGAUAGAAAAUCGAUCAUGGAUUUAUCUUUCUAUAAGAGUUUAGAAACGCGAAAGAACGAUUUAACCGUCGUAUGAAACGAAAACGCGGAGAUUAAGGAUCUCGCAAUAGUUACGCCGUCUGACAUAAGUCGAAAAAUCAGAUUCGGAUAAAAAAACUUGUAUUGUUCAGCAGUUUUAAUACUGCACUGUGUGUAUCGUAUUGUUUGUUUAUCAAGUUUGUUGGUCAAAGCUUCGAUAAUGUAUGCUUUCAUCUAUGAAAAUGCAAACGCAAAAAUACCGAUUUUUCUCCUAUAACAACAUUUUUGUUACACGAGUAGCAUAGUCAUUUUUAUAGAUUAAUUUCGAUCGAAAAGAAAUCUCGAACUUUUUGCUUCUAUGUAUGACGCAAUAUCGAGAAAAAUUGAUUUCACUGUUCUAAUGAAAAACAACGGACAUGGUGGAUUUCUACGUUAUACGAUGUACAAUAUAAGUACUUGUUUGUACGAGGUACCCAAGUAAGUACUUGGAACAGAUUCAUUUGUUCUAUACUUGUGCCUUUCCGUUGUUGAGUUUCCAUCUAUGUACUAUAUACGUACUAUAGAGUCUGUUUUAGGUUCUACACCUGUGGAGAACGAACCGUCAGGCGCAGAUACGGUAGAACGGUUAGUGGACAGGUUACAAUCAUCAACAUUGUUGAAUGACAGGCGAGAUGCUUGUCGAGCACUUAAAGCUCUUUCGCGUACUUAUCGCGUCGAAGUGGGAGCUCAAGGAAUGGAUGCAUUGAGACAAACAUUGGAAGUUGACAGAACGGAUUGUGAAAUUAUAGGUUUAGCACUGGACACUCUUUGCAACAUAACUAAUCCUAAAAUGUUCGACGAAGAAGUGGAUAAACAUGGACCCGAGAAUAAAGUAGGAGAACAGUUUACAGAAAUAUUUAUUAAGAAUUCUGAUAGCAUUGGAGCAGUAUUAACACUUUUAGAAGAAUUCGAUUUUACCGUUAGAUGGCCAGCACUGAAAUUAUUAAUGAAUUUGUUAACCAAUAGGCCAAAGGAUAUUCAAGAAAUAAUUUUAAUCAGUCCCAUGGGUGUUUCGAAAUUAAUGGAUCUCCUCGGGGAUAGCAGAGAAGUCAUUCGUAACGAUGUUUUAUUGCUUUUGAUUCAAUUAACUAAAGGUAACGCGAACAUUCAAAAAAUUGUUGCAUUCGAAAAUGCAUUUGACAGAAUUUUUGAUGUUAUCGAACAAGAGGGUAACGCGGAAGGUGGUAUUGUCGUAGAAGAUUGUUUGUUACUUAUGUUGAACCUUUUAAGGAGUAAUAUAAGUAAUCAAAACUUUUUCAAAGAAGGUAGUUACAUACAAAAACUGACACCGAUGUUCCAAAUACCACCUGAACUAGAAGAUAGUCCCUUGGGAGGUUGGAGUCCACAGAAGGUCUCGAAUGUUCAUUGCAUGGUACAAGUAGUUAGAGCAUUAGUGGCGCCAAGUGGACCUGCUCAGGCAGUAGCAACUUGUCAGCAGAUCAUGAGAGCAUGCGGAUUAUUGCAAGCUUUGUGUAAUAUAUUAAUGGCUAGCGGCGUGCCCGCGGAUGUAUUAACAGAGACGAUUAAUACAGUGGCUGAAGUAAUCAGAGGAAAUGCUAGUAAUCAAGAAUUUCUAGCAGGGGUAAUGGCGCCUAGUAGUCCCCCCAGGCCUGCAAUUGUUGUUUUACUGAUGUCUAUGGUAAACGAAAAACAACCGUUCGUGUUAAGGUGUUCCGUUCUCUACUGCUUUCAAUGUUUCUUGUACAGAAACGAAAUAGGACAAAAUCAAUUAAUUCAGACAUUAUUGCCACAAGGUAACGAGAUGCCGUCUUUGACAACAGGACAGUUGUUGUGUGGAGGUCUGUUCUCCCCGGAUCCUUUAUCGAAUUGGUUUUCCGCAGUAGCGUUGUCUCAUGCAUUGAUCGACGAUAGUACACAGAAGGAACAACUACUGCGUGUACUUCUGGCGACUAAUAUCGGAAAGCCACCGGUGACUUUGAUGCAACAAUGUGUCAUGUUACUGCAACAAGGCAAUAAAACACAAUGCAAAUUAGGUCUUUUAAUGCUACUUUGCAGAUGGACCGCGUACUGUCCAGCAGCGGUUAAAUCAUUUUUACUUAUUAAUUCUUCUGUAGCUUAUUUAACUGCAUUAUUAUCAUCACAGGAGAAUAACGACGAUCUACAGGAAACUUUACUGCAAAGUAUGUGUGCCAUACUUAUUGGAUUGUGCAUACAUUUUAAUGACAACAGUGUUUCUAAUUAUACAAAGGAAAAAUUGUGCGAUUUAAUUGAGAACAGAAUAGGAUUGGAAAGAUUUCAGGAUGCAAUUGGAGGUCUUGCUAGACACGAGGUGUAUUCGCGAACGUUGAAACAUCCUCAGUCCUCGGCGAAGAAUCCUUCGGAACUUCUAUUGGAUCAUGAAUUUUGUAGAUUAUCGAAAGCGUUAGAGGGUAUAAUUACGAAAUCGGUUCUAGAUACGAGCAGCUUACAUCAUAAAAAUCAAAUUACGUCAGCAAUACCCGCAGACUCUGUUUUAGUAGCUCAAUAUAAGGAAGUUAUUCGAGAACAAGACUUACAAAUACAAAAGCUUAACCAAAUCACAGAAUCACUCGCUAAAGAGAAACACGAACUCGAAGCACAAAUAUAUGAUUUACAGUCGACCAUUAGUCACUUAAGGGAUCAAAAUUUAGUGUUACGUGUAGCACAAACUAAUAUGCUAUCGGAAAGCGUAGAAUCUGCCGACACAGUGAAAAAUACAGAUUCCGCAGAACUGGAGAAAUGUAGGAACGUUAUUAGCGAAUUGGAAAACCGUUUGACAGAAUAUGCUUCGGUAAUAAAAGAAUACGAGCGAAAAUUCGAAGAAAGAAACGAGACUGCUCAUUUCGAAUGUAAAUUAAAGGAAAAAUCUGAAGAAUUAGAUAAAUUAAAAAAGGACCAAGAAGAUCUUUUGGAACUUUUAACAGAACAAGAUAGUAAAAUUGUACUAUACAAGGAACGAUUGCUCGCGUUAGGUGAAAAGGUUGAAACAGAUGAAAGUUCUAUCGAACUUGAUACCGACGAUCAACCGGAAUCUACCAAUUCUGUAGAUCGAGUGAAUUAACGUCACCUUCGAUAUUUAAACGUAUUAUAGUGUCAACAGUGAGAAGGGUUUUGUUUCAAUGGUACCCCCUUUUACCUCCCUUUGCCUUAAUUAUUUUAUUUGCUUGAAACGAUUAGUAUUCAUUGCAUUAUAAUGAUAUUGAAUAGCAAAUAUUGAUAAGUGGAAACACAUGGUCAAAAUAAUUGUCUCCCACACUCUGACAAGUCCAUGAUUAUCACUAGACGAAAUUUCAAUCUAGCGACAACAAAUUUUCUACUAUAACAUGAGCUUUUUUAAGAGCAUCUUGUAGUAUUUUACGGUACUUUGUUUUCUUUACGUAAUUCCAGAUUACUUUCUUCGGACUGUUAAUUGUUUUAAAGGAUUGAUUAAUGUGCUGUAUCGAUAUGCUUCAAAGAAGAUGUAUCAGUUUGCCUUAGACGUCGACGUUACGUUAAAACGAUUCUACAGAGGAAAGUGAAAUAUAUAAAUAGAUAAGAAAACAAGAUUAUUGUACCCUUGAAUGACAUAACGUGAAAUUAAUUUAGAAUAUAAGGUUCCAUAUAUCAUUUCUAUACAAUAUUAAACGUACUUAAAGUAAUUAAAGAAUACUGUUGCCCGCAUAUGAGCGAUGCGACACAGAAUUUGUUAAAAUUCCAUUUUUUCCAAUAAUUUCAAGCAAAUGCGCAUAAUAAUAAAAAUAAGCUAUGCCGAGGUCUAGAACUUCGAACAUCUGGUAGAACGACCCUAUUAAUGGGGAUCCCUUCGGGAUAGCAGUGCUAUGAGCAUUCCCUUAGACACUAAGCAGAUAGGAUUUGAUAGAACAUUUCUGACGCCUCGAUAUUUCAGAAUGGUAUGCAAUGUUUGUAUGGAUCUUGUAUCCAAUAUAUAAGUUUUAUCGCAGAUGGUUUCACAGAUCCUUUAUAUUUGUGUAUUAUUUGAUUACGUAUAACAUAUAUUAAGUAAAAUAUAUAAUGCAAUAGUUUGUACGACACAAAUGUAGAAAGGUUCAGUAAAGCCUCUUAAAUAAAUAGAUAAAUAAGUAAAUAAAAAAUAUGUGAGAAUAUGCGGACAAUAUUAAUGGGAAAUAAUAACGAAAAUAAUGGAUUGGAUUUUCAUUGAAUAUUUCACAUAUCGUAUAAUUUAACGUACACUUUAACGUAAUAAUUACAAAAGAGAUUUUCGUUUUUCACAUGCCUUUAAUAAAAGCAUCAUGGUUGAAAUGUCUGCAACUAAAGUUAGACACUUGCUAUAAUGCAGAUUUCUAUUUACAUAGUACACUUAACCAUCUACAGAGCGCUGUCUCGUUGUUUGAUAACUGCUUGCACACACUUGGCCAUUGUAGGUGAAGCACGAGACACUGCAUCUGUCAUGAAAAACUGGUCUAGCGUUUUUUGUUUCAUUUCCAGUGGUUCCGAAGACAAGGGUUCCCUAGAUUCCUAUACAAAUACGCGUACACGUUACUAUAAAUUUAACUCUAACCAAAG